UUUUUUUUUUUUUUUUUUUUUUUUUUUCAAAAUACAUCUACGGAAGCUUGAAGUUUUACAUCAAGUUAAAUUGGCUGUUUAGAUAUCAUAUUAAAGCUAUCGUGUUAUUAGGAGAUGUGAACUACGUAGCUUUUUCCUUUCGUUCCUUUUUUCCCAUCUUCUCUCUUCAUCCCCUUUACUUUCUAGAAUUUAUCAAGUUAAUCCUUCUUUCUCGAUAUAGUAUACACAAUGGCUAAAGACCACGACCUGGAAAAGAUCGAAAGGUGGAUUGCGCAGGGUGAGCUGACAAGGGACCGCAUUAUGUCACGUCUCGACAGUAUCGUCCAGAAAUACGCAAUUGCCUCGGAAGAUAAACAGGCCCUUCAAGAUGGUUUCGCAUCGGCUUGUAGCCGUACUUCCUCGGGUGAUAACGACGUCCUGACCGAGACGGCUUUUAUUUCUCUUCUGCAAUCUAAAUCUGGCCUCCCCCACAACCCAGAAGGCGUGGAAGCGGGGAAAAUUAUCUAUGAGAUGCUCGCCUAUCUAAGUACUUUACCCUUACCCACGCGGCCGAGUCCUCAGACGGAGGGUCUCAACUUGGCUCAGAUCACUCGGGCUUUGGCUUGGGCGCUGUCGGAUAGGACAGGGUACAUCCUUGUGGAGAGCAAUCACUCGCGAAAGCGCACAAGAUCUGAUCACAAACGCCUCCUCUUUCAGAGUCUUGCCGACAGUACUGUUCUUCCCGCCAUACAGGGCCAGGUGCGUCAGCAUGUGAGCGAGCUUGCUCACCGCAAUAUGUUUGAUAUCGACGAGUGCUAUCAUGAAAUUUGCCGAUUGAACAACGAUGCCGAUGGUGACGAAAUCUACUAUGACUUAUUAGAAGUACUAUUCUCAACACAGGAGGAAGUAUCCCCAUGGAUGUCGACCGUACCGCUCGACAAGUUCCGGGGUAUCGCGAAACAGAUUAAAGUGGAUGAGGGACUACCAGAGCUACAUACUCUUUCAAUCUCAGUACCAAGAUUCCAGACAUUCGUAAAGGUCAUGUUGGCACUACAAUUCGAGCCUGUCACUUCUGAACAUGAUGUCGUUGAGCUGACGCACUUCGACGGCGCGGCGCGAUGCAUCUGCGCCGCUUUUAUACAAAAUCAGGACGAGUUCCAAGACUUGGACGCAAGCAUAUCUAGGGUUAAUAUAACCUGGCCUUCAUUUUGCCAAGCCCUGGAAGCUUCUUCUCCCUACCUCCUUUACCCCUUUUAUCGGCUACUCACGCUUGCUUUCCUAGAUAAGCCAUGCACUGUUGACAUUAUUGACUCAUCUGAGCGAAUUCCUCACAUCCCGGCUGAUGCGGUGUUGACCCGACCGCGAGCGAGUCAGCUUAAUACAUUUCUUGCCCAUUCUGUCUACGGUCCGGACUUACGGCGUAUGGGAUAUUACAUCUCACCGAAUCUCCCCACACCAGCGGCCCUUGUCCAAGCCAUCCAAGAUCUACCCGACGAGGCUGUAGUAUUAUUUUCUGGCCGGCCUGCUGGUACACGCAUCGGAUUGACAAAAGGGGAAAACUACGUCUUCGGACUUUUCAGUCCUAAGCCGAAAGAAGAUCGCUUCCACAUCUUAGCUACGGCAGACUUCAGGCCUAACGCCGAUGGGCAACAACAGUGCACGCUCUUUCAGCUUUCACCCAGACAGGACACAUUCCAGGGGGUCCCAGGGGCAGCGGGGUGGAGUAUGGCUGCCGGUAACGAGAGUCUCAUAUUUGGGCGUGCUACCAGCAUUGAUGAUAUCGAAGGAGAAAAGGGAGGAGUUGUGUUCAUCUUUCGAGAUGGCUUGAACCGCGCAGAAGUGAGACAUCGGGGUAAAGGCGUGGAUGUGGAUGGUAAAGUAGAAAAUGUGACUUACAAGGCAAACCCGAACCGUGGUGACUGGAUAGUGGAUUUUGAUAUUGACCAGAUUGAGAUCUGGAGUGAGAUCGAGUAGAGAUACUUUAGGUACAUUUGCCAAUAUUCAUUUAAGGGGUUAUCUGACGUGGCGCGCUGCCGUUAGGUAACCUGGAAAUGAAAGAAUGAUCAACUACCUCAUACCAGUGACAUCCGGUAUGGAAGAGUGACAUCAUAUGGCUGUCUAUG